CUGGGAGGAGGAGGGGGGUUCUGAUGGGCUGGUUGCGGAGGCUGGGAAGUCUGGCUGAGCAGCAGUUUGUGUGCUGGGGGUCUCCUCUUGUGCAGCUUGCCCUCUCCUUGGUGUUGACGAUGUUGCCGUGGUGACUGGGGCCGUUCCCCGGGUCAGAGGGAGCGAAGCUCCGGCUGCAGCCGCUACUCACAGCCCGAGGCUCAGGCUGGGCCUCGGCCCCGGCCCGGGAGCAGCAGGAGGCAGACGGUGUGAGGCCGGCCGGCCGGACAUGGCAGUGAAGACCCGGAGCCGGGCCCCGGCCGAGGACAGGGAGCGCUGCUCGCCUCCCGGGAACAAGGCCGCGCCCAAAGCCCCCAGCCCGCGGCGGGAGCGCCGCAAGGACGGUGCCGUCACCAAGAACAAACUCCCGGUCCUGGGGCACUCCGGGAAAUGGGUCACCGGCAUCCGGGGGCCGCUCGGACUCAGCGACUCGGCACUCAGCAGCCUGGGGACCACCAUCGUCCUGGCUAUCAUAGCAGGAAUUUUACAUUGGUACCAUAUAUCUAGUCUUUUUGAAAAUAAUCGACAUUUCUCUCACCUUUCAACACUUGAAAGGGAGAUGGCCUUUCGCACUGAGAUGGGCUUGUAUUAUUCUUUCUUUAAGACCAUCAUUGAAGCACCUUCAUACUGUGAAGGUUUACGUUACAUAAUGAACGAUCGCCUGACUGAAUAUCCUUUGGUUAUCAACACCCUGAAGCGCUUCAAUCUCUAUCCAGAGGUAGUACUUGGCAGCUGGUAUCGCAUUUACAUCACUGUUGCAGACUUCCUUGGCAUUUCAACUAAAAUGUGCUGGCGUGUGGACCGAGGGAAGGGCUUCAGUCCCGUGGAGAGUUGUGAAGGAAUGGGAGACCCUGCCUACUUUUAUGUAACAUUUGUUUUUAUUUUAAAUGGGCUCAUGAUGUCACUGUUUUUCCUCUACGGGACGUACUUGAGUGGGAGCAGGUUUGGUGGAGUCAUCACUGUUGUUUGCUUUUUUUUUAACCACGGUGAGUGCACAAGAGUCAUGUGGACCCCUCCUCUCCGUGAGAGCUUCUCCUACCCAUUCCUAAUCUUGCAGAUGCUGCUCUUAACUCGCAUACUAAGAAGAGUCUCUGUGGAAAAGAAGACCUUGGCUGCAUUUUGUAUUGCAACUAUCCUCUUCCUGCUUCCAUGGCAGUUUGCACAGUUUGUGCUACUUACACAGGUUGCGUCACUCUUUGUAACAUAUGUUUUUGGCUAUAUUGAUGCCCACAAGCUGCUGAACAUCCUUUAUGCUCACAUGAUAUCCCUGCUGGUUUGUUUUAUAUUAAUGUUUGGAAAUGCCAUGCUGUUAAGCUCCUAUUAUGCUUCAUCUCUGGCAAUCAUUUGGGGAUUGGUCACUUUUAGAUCACAUAUUUCGGCAUAUUGGCCGCAAGGUGUUGCUUAUUCAUGGAUGGCUAAAGGAACUGUCUGGCUCAUUGGAACUAUUAUGCUCAAAUUCGUGGCGUCUAAAUUAUUAGGAGUUGCUGAUGAUGCGCACAUAAGUAAUCUACUGAAAUCUAAGUUCACCAGCUACAAGGAUUUUGACACGCUGAUGUACACAUGUGCUGUGGAGUUUGAUUUCAUGGAGAUUGAGACCCCUGUGAGAUACACAAAAACCUUACUACUUCCAGUGACUGCCUGCAUUUUUUCUGUUAUAGCUUCAAGGGUGGAUAGGAUGGGAGCUCAGUACUCACCCUCCACCGUACAAGACGUUUAUUGUACUCACCUAAGAUUGCCUGACCGAUUCUUCAAAACUCGAAUAGAGACUUUGAAGGAGCUGCUCUGUUUGUUAAAAGGAGGACUGCCAGAAGGUAUAGAUGAUAAGAGAUGUCCAACCCGUGGAGAGCUGGUCUAUCAUGUUUUGCAGUUGGUAGCGUUUGUUGUCCUGGCCAUUCUCAUCAUGAGACUGAAACUUUUCCUCACUCCUCAUAUGUGCAUCAUGGCUUCUCUAAUUUGCUCCAGGCAGCUAUUUAGCCGGGUUCGGAGUAAAUCCCAUCACCAGAUAAUUGUGUGUGUAAUGCUGGCAGCAAUGGCUUUACAGGGGGCAGUAAACCUAAAGGAGCAGUGGAGCAUCAUUGGAGAGUUCAGCAACUUCCCUCAGGAGGAAUUAUUGGAGUGGAUUAAAGAAAAUACCAAAAAAGAUGCUGUGUUUGCUGGAGCUAUGCCCACAAUGGCAAGCAUCAGGUUAUCUACAGGACGCCCUAUUGUAAAUCACCCACACUAUGAAGAUGCAGGCCUGAGAGAAAGAACGAAGCAGGUGUAUGCGAUGUACAGUCGGAAACCCGCAGAGGAAGUGAAGAAUGGGCUCAUGAGGCUGGGAGUAGACUAUUUUAUUUUUGAAGAUUCCUGGUGCUUAAGAAAAACAAGGCCUGGUUGCAGUAUGCCAGAAAUUUGGGAUGUGGAGGAUGCUCACAAUGCAAUGAAACCCCCCUUGUGCUCAGUCCUUUCCAAAUCACCUGCUCCUCACUUCACUCCUGUGUUUCAGAAUGACGUUUACAAAGUCUUAAAGAUAAAGAAAAGUCUCAACUGGACAUAGAAAUCUGUGGGAAUUGGCUGAACAGAGGCUUUUCCGGGUUGAGUCCAGUUGAACUUUGCUGUGCAGAUGAAAUCUCAAAUGGCUUAAAAACGGCAACAGGAGGUGUGAAUGAAGACAAAAGCAAAUGUAGAAAUAUGAUCUUUGUAAGUGUUUCUUUGUAAACAGAAUUUUCAUGUCUUUAUGGAGUUAUGCAUAUGUGAUUAUUUUCAAUAAAGAUUUUGAGUAAAA